UUCAGUUGUGCGGUUGAGGUGAGCUGAUCACCAUGGGCAAACUACUCUCGAAGAUCUUCGGGAACAAGGAGAUGAGGAUAUUGAUGCUGGGCCUAGACGCUGCCGGCAAGACUACUAUUUUAUAUAAACUAAAAUUAGGUCAGUCAGUCACAACGAUACCGACGGUCGGCUUCAAUGUGGAAACCGUCACGUAUAAAAACGUCAAAUUCAACGUCUGGGACGUUGGGGGGCAGGACAAAAUACGACCGCUAUGGAGGCAUUACUAUACGGGCACCCAGGGUCUAAUAUUCGUGGUGGACUGCGCAGACCGCGACCGCAUUGAUGAGGCGCGCCAGGAGCUCCACCGGAUCAUCAAUGAUAGGGAGAUGCGCGACGCCAUCAUUCUCAUCUUCGCCAACAAGCAGGACUUGCCUGAUGCAAUGAAGCCACACGAGAUCCAAGAGAAGUUAGGGCUGACGCGCAUCCGCGACCGCAACUGGUACGUGCAGCCGUCGUGCGCCACGUCGGGCGACGGGCUCUACGAGGGGCUCACGUGGCUCACCAGCAACCACAAGUUAUGAGCUGCGGAGUAGGCGGCCGCCGCCGCCCGCCCCAAGCCCGCCGCUCGCACGC